AUGUCGAAAAUCUCAAAUCUAGACUAUGCUGCCCUUAAUCUCUCUGGAGAUAACUACUUACAAUGGGCGCUAGAUACAAAGAUCAACCUGAGGUCAAAGGGACUCGGUGAUACUAUCAUCGAGGGCAACAAUGAGAAUGAUAAAAAUCGAUAUAGGGCGAUAAGUAUAAUACACCACCAUCUCAUUGAAGGUCUAAAAGAUCAGUACCUUACCAUAGAAAAUCCACUAGACCUUUGGACCGCUUUACAUCGGCGACAUGAUCACCAGAAAAUGGUGCUACUACCAAAGGCUAGAUAUGAGUGGAAGAAUCUCAGAUUCAUGGACUAUAAGUCUGUGGAUGAAUACAAUUCAGUAUUGUUUAAGAUAGUUUCAAUGAUGAGACUUUGUGGUGAAGAAGUAACCGAGAAAGUGUUACUUGAUAAGACCUUCUCCACAUUCCAUUCCACAAAUGUGUUGUUGCAACAACAGUAUAGAGAGUGA